AUGAAGGUGUGGGUCGUUCGGAGGGGCCGUGGGGUGCUGGGCGGGGCGUUGCAGCUGCACAGCGUAGGGCUCCGCUGCCGACCCGCUGCCUUCAGUCGAGUCGUCGGCUUCGACGAGCGAACGUCACUUCGAUCGAUACGAUCGCUCGCCGCGCGCCAAAUUCGAAUCGAAUUACGAGCGCCUUUCAAUUCUUAUCGUCGCAAUUUUCUAAGUUUAAAAUUUCCGAGCGGUCAUGUUAAAUCGGAAAUAGUCGUUAUAAAGUUGGGCGAGUUCAUGUGUGCAAGUGAGAAGGGGGAUAUGGAGAGCCCGGGCGAGGAGACGGGACGCGCGGCUCAGCCCGCACCGCAGCCCAACGGCUCCAAUAAGAUCAUCGGAAGAAACGUGAAUGGAACCAUGGUGGUGACGUCGGCGCCCUCCAACGAAGCAGAGCUGCAGCUGUACCGGGUGAUGCAGCGCGCGAGUCUCCUCGCGUAUUACGACACAUUGCUGGAAAUGGGCGGAGACGACGUACAACAGCUGUGUGACGCUGGAGAAGAGGAAUUCCUAGAAAUAAUGGCCUUGGUGGGCAUGGCGUCGAAGCCCCUCCACGUCAGGCGACUCCAGAAAGCGCUUCAGGAAUGGGUCAACAAUCCUGCUCUCUUUCAAAUUCCAAUCGUUCCUAACAUUUGUCCUACGGAGAAUCCCUUUAUACAAUGUAACCAAAGACUACUCAACAUCCCCACUAUACCUAACUUACCCCGCACCGUCGCGUCGCCGGACAAUAACAGGCCUAUGUACAGCCCUUCGCCGGGCGCACCCGAAAACAGCUGCGGCUCCGCGGCGUCGGCGCCCAACGCCAGUCCCGUCCACAAUCAAGCCAGCACAUUUACUAAGAUCGUCCUACCCACUUCGCCGGUGGCUCCGUCCUCGCGGUCGUUUUCCCCCCAAAGCAAUCCUCCGACUUCCGGAUCCAGUCCGGGGUCCGGCACAUCGCCGUUACUCACUCCCGUCCUCUUAGACGUCCACGUCCAAAAAUUGGCAGCGGCUGCGGAGAAGUUGAGUAAGCAUUUGCCUCAAUUGGAGCCGAAGCCGCAAAAUACCAAGAAAAAGAUGUGCAAAGACUUGGAGUUGGUGAUGAUGAUGCCGGAAUCGGACCCGAGGAGGAUGGAGGAGAUACGGAAGUAUGCGGCCAUAUACGGACGAUUCGAUUGUAAAAGAAAACCGGAGAAGCCACUGACCUUGCACGAGGUGAUGGUGAACGAAGCGGCGGCUCAGAUGUGUCGCUGCGUGCCCGCCCUGCUCACGCGCAGAGACGAGCUGUUCCCCCUCGCCAGACAGCUCGUGCGACGAGCGGGCUUGCAUUAUUCCAAACACGGCUUACCCCCCACUCCCUCGGCGGACGAACGGGAUAGAGACGAAGACGAGACACCCAGCAAACGGCCUCGCCAGGUCACUACGCACGUAGACCUCACCGCGCACGACUAA